UCUAAAUCCCGCCCCUCAUGGCGUGAGCGAUCCUCGCCCUUUCCUCCAAGCCCCGCCCCUUCCUCACCCCUUGACAAAACUACCCCAAGGGGACCGAGGAUCUAUUUCCCUAUUCCGUGGCACACAACACUCCCCUCCCCUAAGAAGUCAGUCCGCAAAAGCCCUGGUGCCACCACUUCCAGGCUCUACCUCCACUUGCUAAUCCCUAGGGCCAAGUCCCUAAGCCCCUCCCACAGGUGUUCCCCGCGGUGAUGGCGGUGCAGCUUCAGCGGUUGUCCCACAUCGCCCUUCACGUGCGCGACAGCGAGCGCCUAGCGCGCGACCUCUUGCGCCGUUUCCGUUUCCAGCUGUGCGGCACGCGGGUGACAGAGCGGGCUAAGCAGAUCGCUCUGAGGAGAGGCUCCGCCGUCUUCGUGGUGAAUGAGAGCCGGGUCGGCGAGCGCUCGGAGCCCGGGGGCCUCCUGUACGAUGUGGUUCCGGCCCAGGCGGUGGACAGCGCCUGUAACGUGUCCUUCGAGGUGAAGGAUGUGGAGCGGGCGACGCUGCGGUUGCACCGCCUGGGCUGCCAGGUCGUUGUCCCGCCGAGGCCGGUGGAGGAUGAGCUGGGCUGGGUCACCUACUCGGUGGUGCGCUCAGUGGUGGGCAAUAUCUCACACACUCUGAUCGACCGGAGCGGUUACCGUGGGGAAUUCCUGCCCGGCUUCGUGCAGCCGCCUUACCCCGGGGACUGGGCUGAAGAGCGGGAGGUGUCCGGGGGGCUGGUAGCCAUCAGCCAUUUCGAUCACAUCACCUACGCGUGUCCCCGCCGGCAGAGCGUUCACAUCAUGGACUGGUACCGCCGCUGCUUCGGCUUCCAGCGCUUCCUUGUCAACCGAAGUGAAGAUCUAAAUCACGGUUAUGUCAUUGAAGGAAAUAAUGUUGGUCUGCGCUUAACUGCUAUGGAGUAUUGGAAAUGCAGUGAAGUUGGCAUGUCCAUGCCUACAAAUGAACAGCAGAAAUUGGACUGCAAAUUUGUGAUAGCUGAGUCCUUAGCCAAUCAAGGUAAAAAUCAAAUUGACACAUUUUUAGAUCAGCACCAUGGAGCUGGGAUACAGCAUGUGGGCUUGUACACGACUGACAUAGUUUCAACUUGCAAGUUCCUUACAGAUGCUGGAGUUCAGUUUUUCUGUCCCCCUUCUGCAUAUUACAAUGAGACUGAGAAAUGGCAGGAGAUCAUGAAAGCAGGACAAGACCCAGAGUUGCUUUCGCAGUAUGGCAUUCUUCUGGAUUCUGACAUAGAUGAUGAGCCUUGGAAAGGAGAAGCCAAGUGUCAGGGGCCAGCUAAUACAAGAUAUCUAAUGCAAACGUUCACAAAACCA